CUCGAUCCCUCGAUCCACGACUUUGGUGCUGCUGACGACUGGCCAUCGACUUCUCAUCGACAUUCUCGACCGUUUCCUCACCUCCUCCACGAUCUCGUCCGCGUCUCCGCCCUGUCCGCCCGGCCCCGUUGUCGGGCUCCUUGUUUUCCUGUCCGUCAUUUAGGGGGUUGCGGGCGCCAUCGAGAUGGCCACAAUGGCACCCGCCCCAAACACCACCGCAACCAUAACUCCACCACGUAGCAGCCAUGGUAUCCGCGAUUCUUGGGGCUAUUCCGAACACCAGAAGGAGGGCAUGGAUGUUGAUAUGAACACGACCGCCGCGAAUCACCACGACGAUACUCACAGGCGCCAUUUUGCUCCCCACAACGGCAAUGCAAUCAACUCGUCGUACCACUCUGGCAUCGAGCUGGCCUCUCGCAAGAUGAACUCGACUGACACACCGAGACUGGAUACAUCCGGCGACGAUGUCACAUCGCCCUACCCAGAGUUGAAACCAAGCCCGAUUAUCGACGAAGGCUCCUGGGGGGCUGUUGGCCACCACCAAAACGGAGACGACCACAAGCGAGGCUCAGCCGCCGUCUCCGAGCACACGCAGCCCGUGGACGAAAACUCCAAGUGGAUCCACCGAGACAAGCUGGCACGGAUAGAGAAUGAGGAACUCCAAGCAGCUGGCAUCUACAUUCCCCGUGCGCGGGCCACCAGCAAGCAGCGGAGAGAACGGAGCCGCAGCGCCAUGCGUCGCAACACCGAUGCCUCGGAGCACACUAAUCGAUCUCGGAAGAACUCGACAGCAGUCGUUGAACCUCUUGUGAACACUUGGGACUUGAGAACCCCCGAGGAGAUUGCAGAGGAGGAGGCCAAUGCGUACUUUACUUCCAUCCCGAGCAGCCUAAAGACUGGCUCACGAAUUCCGGUUGCCAAGAUAAGCCCCGCGCCGUUCACCGACCAUUUUGAGCGAUCUGCUUCGUGGAAGGCAUCUGAGAGCCCCGAGGAGGACGCGCCUUUGACGAACCAGAAGACACGGUCCCGAAGUGCUAGCAUGAAGGGAUCCGACUCCGUGUCGAUGAAUGGCACGAUUCCCGGAGCAAGGCGGUCCGUUACGGACGUGUCCCCGAAGAAGAAUGCCGCAAGCGUUCGCAAGACGUCCGGGCAGAGCAAAACCGGCCCGACAGGACGACCAAAGACUCGAUCUGGCUCCAACAAAGAAUCCAACGGGAGCAUCUCGACCCGACCCUCGACUAGAUCUGGAGACCUCAACCAAGGAGGAACCAAAGCCCCGGAGGGCGACCCACCAUGGCUGGUCAAUGCCUACAAACCCGAUCCUCGACUACCCCCCGACCAACAGCUCCUGCCGACUGUGGCGAGACGUCUACAGCAGGAAAAGUGGGAGAAGGAGGGCAAGUUUGGUGAUGUCUAUGACAAGGAGUUCCGGCCGCUCAAUGACAACGUCAUGCUCAAGCCACUUGAUUUGGAGAAGACUGAGCCAGCUGAUGAGGAGAACCGUACAGGAGAGGAUGAAUGGCCUUUGAAGGAGCCGGCUAAGAGCCCUCGACAAGGCUCGUCCUACUCCACCAUGCCCAAGAUAUCAGACAAAGUGCCACACACGCCUCUGGCUAGUCCCAGAACCCCCGUCACACCCCAAGCGCCACCCCAGAUAGAAGAACCACCGAAGCCGACCCCGAGACCGACCCCAGAGCGAACCCCCCCGGAGCCGAUCGAUGACAGCAAGGGCGGCUGUGGCUGCUGUGUUGUCAUGUAGACGACCAGAACAUACAACCCAGCCACCUUGCACCUGGCACCGACGCAAAUCGAUUUCAGACCGGCCAUCUUCUCGCCUUAUACAUACCCACCCCGACGUGUCCCGACGACACUAGACGACGUUACGAAUUUCCUUGUCGACUUCUUGCAUUCAGCCAUUGUGUUAGUCAAACCA